UUUUUUUUUGGCCUUUUAGGAAAAAGUUAAGUAAAGAAAUAUCUCGGAAACAUCAAAUAAAGAUCAUAACCAGCUAAGCAAGCACCUAUAAAUGAACACAAACACACACCAAAACGGCGAGAAGAAAGAAAAAGAAGAAACCAAUCAGGUCAUCCACAACUACUUCAACAAUGGCAAACGUUUUCCUCAUCAGUAGCAGAAACAGAAGAUCAAUGCGAACAGCAACAGAUUCAUCAUCAAAACCAAAGAACCAUACGGUGAAGAGAACAAAUUCAUCUUCUGACUACGUUUACUCAUGCAAAAAACAUCCGAAGCACAGACAAUCUCCUGGAAUAUGUUCCCUUUGUCUCAACGAGAGUCUCUCCAAGUUGUCUAGCGAUUUCCAUGAAAAUAGUUCAAGCAUGAGCUCAUCGUCUUUGGCUAAGACGGUGUCAUCUUGCUCCUCCUCUUCUUCAGAAUCAGAAUCAGAAUCAGAUUACUCUUCCACGGCUAUCUCUUCUCAUUACUCUUCUGUCUCUUCUUGCUUGUCUCCUCUUCAACAUAGAUAUAGUGAGAUCGUUGUUAAUAGUAAGAAGAAAAAGAAGCAUGUCAAGAAACAAAGCUUCCUCUCUAGAUUGUUUAUGUAAUUAAUUAUCACAUUUUUGGUUCUGAUAUAUUCAUUUGUUCUUCUCUGUC